CUUUUAGUAUAUUGUUAUCUUUCAAACAAGAAAUCCCUUUGGAAUAUAAAUUGGUUUCUUUUCUCACAAUCUUCAUCAGUGAAGUUUUAACCCGAGUCGGAAAUGGUGGGAGCAAUAUUAGUGGCCUUCGUGUGUCUGCAGGUCAGUCUGGUGCUUGGAGCUUGCCCACACAUUAUAACAAGGGCUCAAUGGGGUGCCCGUCACCCAACUAGCACCCCGACGCAUUUAGCCGGCGCUGUCCAUUAUGCCUUCAUCCAUCAUUCAGCAGGCGCGGAGUGCCACGACAGAGCGUCAUGUCAAGCUCAAGUAAAGGGUUUUCAAAAUUACCACAUGGACACACACGGUUGGUCUGACAUUGGCUACACUUUUAUUAUUGGAGGCGAUGGCUCAGUCUUUGAAGGUCGAGGCUGGAAUGUUGUAGGCGCUCACACACUUGGUUAUAACAGUGUUGGAUACGGUUUUUGUUUCAUCGGUACUUUCACCAGCCACCUACCCACCGCUGCUGCACAACAAGCUGUGAAAGACUUGAUAGCAUGUGGUGUUACGGAGGGAAAGAUCCAGCACAAUUACGUCUUGAGAGGUCACCGUGACGUAGGCAGCACUGAAUGUCCAGGCACGGCCUUCUGGCACCAUAUCAAGACCUGGCCACAUUACUGAUUGGACUUUUCUUCUCUAAGGGGAUUAUACAAAAUAAAGAUUUAGUGAAUGUCUC